UAAUCUGAUGCUCUAUUCUUCCAAGUGAAAACCAAGAUGUGGGGCUUGCUGCUUUUCCUAAGUGCUACAUCUGCUUUAGCUGAUGUUUCCGUUCACAGAUUUGAUGGGGAGAAAGUUUUCCGUGUAACCCCUCACAAUGAAGAACAAAUAGGCAUCCUUGAAUACUUGGCCAGCAACUUUCAGGUUGAUUUCUGGAAACCAGAUUCUGUUGCUCAAGUCAAAGCAGAAAUGACUGUUGACUUCCGAGUUGAAGUGGACAAAUCUGCAGAAGUAGAAGAUCUUCUGCAGCAGAACAGACUGGACUAUGAAGUUUUGAUUGAUAACCUCCAAUCCGUGCUUGAUGGGCAGUUUGACAACCAUGUUAGAGCUGCUGGACACAAUUAUGAAAAAUAUAACCGCUGGGAACUGAUAGAGGCUUGGACAGCUGAUAUUGCAAAUGAGAACCCAACUCUUGUUUCCCGAUCACAGAUAGGGACAACUUUUGAGGGACGCCCAAUGCAUCUCCUGAAGGUGGGAGUACCUGGUGGGAACAAAAAAGCCAUAUUUAUGGAUUGUGGCUUUCAUGCUCGAGAGUGGAUCUCGCCUGCUUUUUGCCAGUGGUUUGUAAGACAGGCUGUUCGAACCUAUGGAACUGAAACCAUUAUGACCCAACUUCUGGACAACUUGGACUUCUAUGUAUUACCUGUCUUGAAUAUUGAUGGCUAUGUCUAUACUUGGGAAAAGUCUCGCAUGUGGAGGAAGACACGUUCUGCAAAUCCCGGCAGUAGUUGCAUUGGUACGGAUCCCAACAGAAAUUUGGAUGCUGGAUGGUGCACUCUUGGUGCAUCAAAAAGGCCAUGUGAUGACACUUACUGUGGCAGCGCACCUGAAUCAGAGAAGGAGACCAAGGCCUUGGCUAACUUCAUUCGUCAAAACCUCUCAACCAUCAAAGCUUACUUGACCAUUCACUCUUAUUCUCAACUACUGCUUUAUCCAUAUUCUUAUACUUAUGAUGUAACAAAGGACAACGUGGAAUUGAAUAGACUUGCUAAAGCCACUGUUCAAGAGCUAGCCACAGUGCAUGGGACAAAAUACACAUAUGGUCCAGGAGCUACAACUAUCUAUCCCGCAGCUGGUGGCUCUGAUGACUGGGCAUAUGACCAGGGCAUCAAGUAUUCUUUCACCUUUGAGCUUCGUGACACAGGUCGAUAUGGUUUUGCUCUUCCUGAAUCUCAGAUCAAACCAACUUGUGAAGAGACCCUGGUUGCUGUUAAACACAUUGCCAGCUAUGUCCUUGAUCAUCUGUACUAAUGUUGUAGUCUGGGACUAUUAAAGAGUGCUUGAUUCACAA